GAUGGGUGAAACAACAUAUUUCAAAGAGAACUCCAGUCAUAUUUCCUAGAGGGUGGAGUAUGAGUUCACACUUUUACGGUGGAGGUUGCUCUGUGCAGGUAUUGGAUGAAGAGAGACCCAUCUGCUGCUGCUGCUGCUGAUGCUGAUGGUUUGCUUGUGUUGCCUUGAGAUGAAUGUGGGAGCUGUGUGUGUGAUCGCUGGCUGUGCAGGACUUCUCAGUUUUGUGUUUCUAGCUGUCGCGAUCGGCACGGAUUAUUGGUAUGUCAUCGAUGUUUCGAAAUCCAAAUAUAACACCGAGAAGGAAUCGGAUGACUUGAGCUCUCACUCCGGACUCUGGAGGAUUUGCCAAGGUAAGAACGCUUGCAUUGGUUUAAUAGAUCCACUUGGAGAUGAGACUCAACAUGUUCCCAAAUCACAGCAUCAUCUGUUACUGAUGCAAAAGGUGUGCGUCAUUUUGCUGCCUCUCAGUCUGGUUCUUCUGGUGUUUGGAGGUAUCUGCGGACUGGUCAGCUCGUUGGCAAAUGAUCUGUGCAUGCUGCUGUUCACUGGCUCCUACUUUCUGGUUGGAGGCACCCUCACGCUGACUGGAAUCACAGUGUAUAUUGCAUACUCCAAGGCCGCCUUCGCUGAAGUGAUGUGUUUGUACGACCACAGAAUGUUCGAUGACAUUGACACCAGCUUCAGUUGGUCCAUGGGGCUGGCUUGGCUCUCCUUCACCCUGGAGAUCAUCUCCGGAGCUCUGCUUCUUUUAGCAGCCAAACUAAAUGCCGUGAGACACCCAAUACAGUCAGUCGUCAUAUGAACGUUAGCCCUGCCCAGGAAUCUUGUGUGUGUUACUGUGUUGCUGUUGUGACUAGUUCUGUAAAUGGCUUAGAUUCGGAGAACUAUUGAAAUAUCCAGCAGAGAGAGAGAGUGAGACAGAGACGUAGGCACAAACCAAUUUGCGCUUUUAAACUCGGCUAAAGAAAAUUUACUUGCCCCCCAAAAAAAAAUUUUUUCGCUUUGAAUCUCAGCCAGAGAAGAACAUUCCUUGAAAAAAAAAUACAACUUUGGAGAAGACGCCAAAGGUAGAUUGGCAAACUUGGUUAUGCAGAGGUGGUUGCUGAGUGCUCGCUCACGUCAAUGGUGAGUCCUGUUCAACUCUAAUUCGCACGAGAUUCAAAAUCCCACCCAGUCCGAGCCUGCGAAAAUCACUUUAUCCUAAAAUAUAAGAUCGCAUAGU